GACGUGGUAGGCUAUACGGGCUCAAGCCUAGACAACUUUUUGGGCUAAAAACCCUUAAGUAUACCAGCCCAUACCAGCCCAAAGAAAAAAAAAAAAUUAUGUAGAAGUCCCGUGUCUUCGUCUGCUCCCAGCUCCCACUCUGCUGUCACAAUCACAGAUUCACAGCCUCAGUCUACUCUAGCGUUUCGACUUUCGAUCGAGCUUAUGGACUUAUCGAUUGAAACAAGUUGCUAUCUUGUUGAUCUGCCAGCCACGUAGAGCCACUACAAUCAAACAAAAGCAUUUGACUCUUUGACUCUUUGACUCUUUGUUGAUCAUAGCCUUUCUUAUUUAAUAAGUGAGUGUUCCUUUCACAAACCCAUUAGAAUUAUAUAUAUGUUAAGGAGACAUAUUAAAUCCAUUAGACAUUAAUGUCUGCUGCUAGUUAGUAACUAAUAAUAAUGUAUAAUUAGUUGUAGUUGCGUUAUGUAUGAAAUGUACAUAUAUAUAUAUAUAAUUCUAAUUGUGGUAUCUAUAUAAUACUAUAGGUAUUGAAUAUCCCGUAUGCUUGUUUUUGAUGCAUGAUGUCAUGAAGAUUACUGAUUUUCUUUAUCAGUCAUUGCAAAAAAAAGCCAUAGACAUCUUGAAUGCUCUCAAUUUUCUUUCAAUAACAAAAUCAAAACUUCAAGAUAUGAGAGAAGAUGGUUGGGAUGAUUUGAUUAUGAGGGUUGAAACAUUUUGUUGUGAGCAUGAUAUUAUUAUGCCAGAUAUGUCUGCUCCUUAUAAGAAAAGUAUAAGGGCUUGUGAACAAAAUAUUACAAAUGAGCAUUAUUAUCGGGUCAAUAUACUUAAUGCUGUGAUAGACUUUCAAUUGGCAGAGUUGGAUAGUAGAUUUACAGAUAAUUCGUUGGAGCUCCUUAUUCUUAGUGCUACAUUUGAUCCACGCGAUAAUUUUCGAUCAUUUAAAUGUGAAGAUGUUUGCAAUCUUGCUUUGAGGUUUUAUCCUCAAGAUUUUACAUCAUAUGAUAUGCUUGCUCUAGAUAUGGAGUGUGGGUAUUUUCUAGCAGAUAUUCAGAAGGAUCCAAGAUUUGCCAACACAACUACUGUGUCUGAUUUGUGUCGGCGGUUAGUUGAAUCAAGAAAGUCAGCAUUCUUUCCUAUGAUUUAUAGAUUGAUUUGUCUUGUGCUGACUCUGCCAGUUUCUACAGCAACAACAGAGAGAGCAUUUUCAUCUAUGACCAUCAUAAAAAACAAACUUCGAAAUAAGAUGGAAGAUGAGUUUUUUGAUGAUUUGAUGGUUCUCUACAUCGAAAAAGAAUUUGCCGAUAGCAUUGAUAAUGAUUCUGUGAUUGCUGAGUUUGAACUCAGUGGGUCUAGGAGGGUACAAUUUAGUUAGUUUAUUGUUAUUUUACAACAAAUGUAUGCUUAUUUUACAAGCAGUUUUUAAUUUACGGGGUUUGGUUUUAUGUCACCUCCGUUGUAUGUUUUGAUCUAAAA